AUGGGCACAAAAGGGUCACUAGUUGGGAAAUUAGCUCUUGACACGAGCUUACUGCCUUUGGAUACAGGGCUGGUGCUGUUGAAGGCAAUAGUGAUGGUGAUGGUGAUGAUGUUGAUGUUUGUGUUUCAGGAUAUAGGUCCAGGGCCUCCAACCUCCUUCACAGAGAGCAAAAGAAUCUGUCAUCAAAACAAAAGCACAGGAAAGUCGAGGAGAUCAGAGCAAGACCACUAUGAAACAGACUACACGACAGGCGGCAAGUCCUGCGAUGAGCUGGAGGAGGACUGGAUCAGGGAAUAUCCACCUAUCACUUCAGAUCAACAAAGACAACUCUACAAGAGGAAUUUUGACACUGGCCUGCAGGAAUACAAGAGCUUACAAGCAGAGCUUGAUGAGAUCAAUAAAGAACUCUCUCGUCUAGAUAAAGAACUGGAUGACUAUAGAGAAGAGAGUGAAGAGUACAUGGCUGCUGCUGAUGAAUACAAUAGACUGAAGCAAGUUAAGGGAUCUGCAGAUUACAAAAGUAAGAGGAAUUAUUGCAAGCAGUUGAAGAGCAAAUUGUCACACAUUAAGAAGAUGGUUGGAGAUUAUGAUCGACGGAAAACAUAGACAGCAGAUGCCACAUUGUUAGGUUAAGAAGUAUCUGACUGACAUCUCUGCAAUGUUAUCAGGAGUCAAAAUGACUUUGGACUCUAACCUGGGAGGCCAAAUCUUUGUGAUCAUUACAGAGUUUUGGUAGUUUUAAUAUCAUCAGUAUUGAAGCAUUUUAUAAAUAGCUUUUGAUAAUCAACUGGGCUGAACACUCCAAGUAAGGAUUUUAUGCUUUAAACAUU